AUGCUCGUAUAUGAGAGCCUUAAGUUCAUCUGCCAGAUUUCCCAGAACCAUCAGGAAGAUAAUGGUGUGACAGAAGAUGGAGGGGCAAGGGCCUCAGGGAGACUUGCUGAUGUGGAACAACUUGUCUCUUUACUUAAUGAGAAGAGUGAGAUAAGAGGGGGCAUGGCUCUCUGGUGGCAGCAACUCUGUGCAGUGACCAGGCUUCGCUUCUUGAAGUUAAAGUACGAAAGGAAAUCCAUCGUUAUCCUGAUUCUGAUUUUGGGGAUUGGACUUCUGCAUAUCCUGUCAGCAAAUGUUCACAGGAUAGUCAAUCAAAGUGACUACUGCUGGGAGCUCGCUCCUCAUAUGUACUUCCUCACACCUGGCCAACAACCACAGGUGCCCCUCACCAACUUACUGAUCGUCAACAAAACAGGAGCAAAGAUUGAUGACUUCAUACAUUCACUGGAGCAACAGAACAUAGCUUUGGAAGUUGAUGCCUUUGGGACUAGAAAUGGCACAGAGGAUAUUCAGUAUAAUGGAGCUAUCAUCCUAUCAGGGGAUGAGAAGAAUUACAACUUUACAUUGGCAUGCAAUACCAAGAGACUGAAUUGUUUUCCGGUUCUGGUGGAUAUUGUGAGUAAUGGGCUACUUGGACUGUUUGCACCAUCAGCACACAUUCAAACCGACCGCAGCACAUUUCUUAAGAGAGUAAGUUUACAGCUGGAGAUCUGUUUAUUCAGAAUUUCUUCAAGAAGUGAUCGUGUAUUUAACAACCCAGAAGAACCAGACGGGGAAGAUGAAGAUGUGGGUCUAGAGAGAGUGUGGACAGCAAAUGCUUUGACUUCGGCGGACUUCCACGAGAAGCCAGCCAUCAUUGCCAGCUGCCUUCGCAAGGAGUACAAGGAAAAGAAGAAAUACUUUGUUCUUAAGAGCAAGAAGAAGAUAGCCACAAGAAACAUCUCCUUUUGCGUUCGAAAAGGUGAGGUUGUAGGAUUACUGGGACACAAUGGAGCCGGUAAAAGUACAACCAUUAAGUUGAUAACUGGAGAAACCAAACCAAGCUCUGGACAGGUGCUGCUGAAGGGGAACAGCACAGGGGAUACCCUGGGGUUCCUGGGGUACUGUCCUCAGGAAAAUGCUCUGUGGCUCAACCUGACGGUGAGGGAACACCUGGAGAUAUUUGCGGCUGUAAAGGGGAUGAAAAAAAGUGAUGUUCCACUGUCUCUCUACAGGUUGGCGGAUGCGCUCAAGCUGCAGGACCAGCUGAAGUCUCCUGUGAAGAAGCAGUCAGAGGGAGUGAAGAGAAAGCUGUGUUUUGUGCUCAGCAUCCUGGGAAACCCUUCCGUGGUGCUUCUGGAUGAGCCGUCCACCGGAAUGGACCCCGAGGGGCAGCAGCAAAUGUGGCAGGCAAUCCAGGCCACCUUCACAAACACAGACAGGGGUGCCCGCCUGACCACCCAUUACAUGGCCGAGGCUGAGGCUGUGUGUGACCGCGUGGCCAUCAUGGUGUCUGGGAGACUGAGAUGUAUUGGAUCCAUCCAACAUCUGAAGAGCAAAUUUGGCAAAGAAUAUCUCCUGGAGAUGAAGGUGAAGACUCCCACGCAGGUGGAGCCCCUCAACAUGGAGAUCAUGAGGCUCUUCCCCCAGGCUGCUCGGCAGGAAAGAUACUCUUCUCUGAUGGUCUAUAAAUUGCCCAGGGAAGAUGUGCAACCUUUAUCCCAGGCCUUCUUCAAAUUGGAGACAGUUAAACAGAACUUUGACCUGGAGGAAUACAGCCUCUCACAGUCCACCCUGGAGCAGGUCUUCCUGGAACUGUCCAAGGAACAGGAGCUGGAUGGUUUUGAAGAGGAACUUGAUCCCUCAGUGAAGUGGAAGCUCCUCCCACAGGAAGAGACUUAACACUGAAAUUUUUAGCUAUGGCUGUUUUUAUUCUGUAGUUGCUCAAAGCAAUUUUGUCUUUAACGCUACAUAGCCAUUGUGGAUGAGUAAACCAUUUGGCCAUGGAAAUAGAAGGUGCUGCUUACAUUAUGAGUAUACAGAUCUUACGGGUGGGAUUAGAAUCAUGGAAAAAGCCAUUGAACUAGCUCACUCUCUAUAAUUUGUCUUUGUAAUAUCAUCAUUUUAAAACACAUUAAUUGUAUGUAUUCCUGAGUUUAACUGUUUGUUUAAUUGUUAUAGCUGAAGUUGUGACUUUUCUGUACAUGUAUGUGUUAUGCAUAAAGGACACCCAUUCUCUUUUCUGUCCUUUCUUAUCAUUCUUCCCUCAGCACUCUUCAUAGCCCCU